UUUCCGCUGGGGCUGCAGGUGCCAGGAGGAGGCAGCUGGGCAGUGGCCCCUCCCCCCUCCGCCUCGGCUGGCUCCCUGAGGUCGGGCUCGCUGCGACGGCGGCUCAGACCGAGGCGGGAGGCGGCAGGUUACGGCUGGGGGGGGGCCGCCGCCGUCGUCGUCCGCUCCUCUCCUGUCGCAUCGUCGAGCGAGCGGAGGGCUCGCCCACGGCAUGAACCGGGCGCAACGAGGCGUUGGUGGCGGAAGCCGUGGCCUCGGCAGUAUGGAAGUGAAGAGCAAGUUUGGUGCAGAAUUCCGUCGUUUUUCUCUGGAAAGGUCCAAGCCUGGUAAAUUUGAGGAGUUUUAUGGAUUACUGCAACAUGUGCACAAGAUACCCAACAUCGAUGUUUUAGUUGGCUAUACAGACAUUCAUGGAGAUCUCCUGCCUAUCAACAAUGAUGACAAUUACCACAAAGCAGUUUCUACAGCUAAUCCUUUGCUGAGAAUUUUCAUUCAACGAAAAGAAGAUGCAGACUACAGUGCCUUUGGAACGGACACCAUGACAAGGAAGAAAAAUGUCUUAUCAAAUGUAUUGCGUCCAGACAACCAUAGGAAAAAGCCACACAUUGUAAUCAGCAUGCCACAAGAUUUCAGGCCAGUGUCUUCCAUCAUAGAUGUGGACAUUCUUCCAGAAACACAUCGCAGAGUGCGGCUUUAUAAGUAUGGAACGGAAAAGCCUCUAGGAUUUUAUAUACGGGAUGGUUCCAGUGUCAGAGUGACUCCUCAUGGGCUAGAGAAAGUACCUGGGAUUUUCAUAUCCAGGCUUGUUCCUGGAGGCCUGGCCCAAAGCACGGGCCUACUGGCAGUCAAUGAUGAAGUCCUGGAGGUGAAUGGUAUAGAAGUUUCAGGGAAGAGCCUUGAUCAGGUUACGGACAUGAUGAUUGCAAACAGUCGUAAUCUGAUAAUUACUGUGAGACCAGCAAACCAGAGAAACAAUGUUGUUAGGAAUAGCCGGACUUCUGGCAGCUCAGGACAGUCUACAGAUACCAGCCUUCCAAGUUACACUCCAAAUACAGUGCCGCUCUACCAGCCAGAAGAGGAAGACAGUGAUGAAGACGAUAUCAUUAUUGAGGAUGAUGGUGAGCCCCAGCAAAUUCCAAAAGCUGCUCCUUCUAGUGAGAGUCUGAAUUCGCUGACGCAUACUGAAGCCCGUCACGAAUUGAUGCAAAAUGGCUUUAUUCCUUCUGGAGAAGCAAACUUAUAUUGUUCCUCGGGCAGCGUUAACAUGGAGUAUGAAAUACAGGAUUCGGACCGAAAGUCCUUAGAAGAAGAUGGUACUAUCAUAACAUUGUGAAAUUAUAUUGAUGGAUUUUUGGUUGAAAUAAAGAGGCCAUAACAAUUUUUUUUACGUGGCUAUACAGCUGUAGUACAUACCUCUCAGUUACCCUACUCCAGUGGCUGUUUUUUUCUUCAGAAUGGAGUUGAGAUACAUACAUUGUGAUUUUCAGUAUCUCUUCCUUUGGCAUCUUUCUGGUUGAUAAAUGUUUCUGGAACAUGAGCUGGUUCUUACACUUUCAAGGUAGGGUUGUACUCCGGUGACUAAAAAUUCCAGAGGUGUAUUCUGAUGUCCGACUUUCAGUGAACUUCACAAACUUUGAAGCAAAUUGUGAGAUUUGAGAAGGAGCCCACAGUCCAUGGGUUCUCCUGCAGUCUAGUCUGGUUGCAUGCGUUGGCAUUCAUAAAACAAAUCUGCACAAUCAUACCUGUGAGUGCUUUCUUUCCCCCUUGAAAUCAUGUGAGAA